AAACAUGGUGAGCAAGGACGCUGGUAAAUGCAUGCUCACCAACUCUGAGUCGGACUCAGAGGCAACAGCGGCCUCCAUGGCCCUGGAGGUCAAAGGAUCGUCAGACGAAAGCCGACAUGUGCGCAAGCGCAACAAGGCCCUUCAGGUGCGCUUCAAGGACAUCUGCGAGGCCCAGAACGAACAGGCCGCUGCUGCCCGAGGAGGGAAGCCGCUCUACAAGGUGGCGUACCGCAAGUACAUGACCGUCCCAGCUCGCCGAUCAAUUCCCAAUGUCACCAAAAGCACUGGAGUGCAAACCUCACCGGAUCUUAGGAAGCGUUACCAGACUUUUCCAUUUGAGCGAAAGAAAGGACACACGGUCAAGCAUGCCGCUGCGGUGGAGAGCUGUAAGGACCAGGACGAUGGGUUUGUUAUUGAUGUGAAGAGGGCGAAAGCUACCGUGGCGAGCAGUGAGUGUGCUCCCUCUCAUAAUCUGAGGAAAACAAAAGCAUUGAUGCACACCAGCAAGUGCGUCGCAACCAUAGAGCAACAUCCGCAAGCCAGGGAGUGUCUGGAGAGAACGGACGGGCCGUGCUCGGACGCUCUGGUUCUUCCCUGUCCGACUGAUAGGACCAUAGCGGGAGCGGACCACUCGGACUAUCAGAUGUGUAGCGUCAGAAGUAAACACAGUAAGGGCUUCCGGAGAGACUCCGAAACUCUUGAUCGCUCAGGCAAGCUGCAGUUGCUGAACUCUGGGGAGAGCGCUGGGAAUGUUCUCCAGGAUUCCUCCUCCAAAGUGACGGGACCCAUCGCGUGGAACUCCCUCACGCAGGUGGAGUGCUUGGAGAGUCCAACCGAGCGCAGCAAACGCAAGGCUGCACUGCAGCUCAACGGCCUGCAGUCACAGACGCUCCCGAGGGCCAGUUGCACUACGCAGGUCCAGUGCCACGUGGGUACACUGUCCGCUCGACCGCUGCGGGCCAUGGAGGAGGCGGCGCCCGUGACUUCGGUCUCCUCCACAGCCGUUCCCAUGCCGGCACCUCCGUGCAGGGGCGUCACGGUAGCGGGGACUCUACGGACGGAUAAUGAGGCGUGCAAGCAGAUAGUGCCUGUCAAUCAGGAUGGGGAUGUUAAAGCGCAGCUCCAAGCCAUGGAAAACAUGAUCAGCUCCAGUCAGGAAACCAUUAAAGUGCUGCUGGGUGUCAUUCAGGAGCUGGAAAAAGGAGAAGCUCAUAGAGAAGGGCUCUCCUAUCGGACCGGACAGGACACGGCCAACUGCGACACGUGUCGGAACAGCGCAUGCAUUAUUUACAGUGUGGAGCUGGACUUUAAACUGCAGGAAGAUAAGCUACAGCCUCUGAUGAAGAGACUGUGUCCCACGGAGGAGUCCCUGUUCCCCCCUCUGCCCUAUCCUCAGGAGACCAUCGGCUCCACGCCCAAACGCAAGUCCAAAGCGGAGGCCAAGAAACACGCGCGCUGGAAACUCUGGUUUCUGUGACCGCAGGAUUACAUACACCACUUUAUUAUGCUUUUGAUCAUAUUUUCAAGAAGGGAGCACGACAGAAUGCAACGCUCCAUGUGCAUCUGUUCACUUGCUUACUUAUGCCUGUUUUUGAUCAGGAUGAAACGGGAAAAUCCUAUCAGUUUGUUUUUUUGUUUCCCCCCCUUCGGUACUUUAUGGAUGCGAGUACUGAACUUGGUUUGGAAAUAUCGCAGCCAACACUGAAAAAAUUAAAUAUAUGUAUAUUCAACAAAGAAAAAAAAAUGGAAUUUGCUUCCGGAAAAAAAGGAAUAACGAGACUAUUUCCCUCAAACAGAGCGUGAAAUUAUUUUAAGAGAGUGAGAGACAUAACUGGAUCAAUAACAAAUCUUGCUUUACAACUAUUAUUUCUUUUUUGGUCCUCACCCUGCUAAAGGUUUGGAAAUUCAGGAGGAUAUUUUAAACACAAACAGGACACAAGCUUUUCAUUUUGGUCUUCUCUUCCUCAUGGAAAUCGACGCAAUCGCAGCAUUAAAUCGAAGCACAACUCUUCAGAUGCACUGGAUGAUGAUUCUCACAGAGGGAUGGAUUUAAAACUCACUAGAGGAUGUAAUUAUUUGCAGAUCAAACCGGCGAAGUCACAACUAAUUCAUGAGAUUUAUAUGGAAAUAAUAUUACAAGCCUCUGUGAAUUCAUAUAAACUUUCAUAUACUAUUAUUACCAGAAAAAAAAGGAAAAAAGUAUGACUUAUUUUUCUAGAUUCUUAAUAAUCACACAUUUAAAGAUUUUCUAGAAACACUAUAUAUAAGCUUCUCUCACUUAUUGGAUUAUUGAAAUUAUAGGAAGCGUUUUCAGACCGUGUCCGUUAAUUUUAAAUUAUUUAAUUUUAAUUAAUGUUCUUCUAAUACAACUACAGACAUAACCAUGGAAACAGCGGUAAAUGUUUACCUUUCUGUGACAGGAAGUCAUGUGAUACACAGUCACCAUAUUGCUGCAAUCUCACUAGACUGAUGAACUGAUCUGCAUAUGGAAAAAAGACGAUUUAACAAUACAGGAUUCUAAAUGUCACAGAUUGACCUCUUGGUGCAAUAUAUAUAUAAAAAAA